AAUUUCUCUACGAGAGAAGGCCACGAUUAGGUUAGGUUAUGUUUUACAUCUUCUGCUAGGAAGUAGGAAGUUUACAUUUCUAACACAUUUACCGAAAAUAUUGUGAAAAAAUGAAUGCGAGUUUUCGAUGUGUGCGUUUUUUGCAAACCCAAUUAUGGCUCUCCGGAAAAACCUUGACUGCCAACCGGUCAUUGUCUUUUGAAAGUUCUAUUUCUCUUAGAAACCUGUACCCUUCCAGUUCUCUCAAAAUCAAAACACCAGCUCCAUCUGAGAUUCCUCUUCCUAAAGGACAACGUUUUAGUGGUUACAUCCCAAUAGAUGAAUUACAAAUAACAGCAUCACGCAGCAGUGGUCCAGGGGGACAAAAUGUCAAUAAAGUCAGUACUAAAGUGGAUGUACGUUUUCGGGUAGAUGAUGCAAAAUGGCUAGACCAGGAGUUGAAAGAUAAAAUUAAAGCAAACUGCCAAACUCGUAUGACAUCAGACGGUUACUUGUUUGUCACUUCUGAUAGAACUAGAUCACAGCAAUUAAAUAUAUCUAAUUGCUUAGAGAAAAUAAGAGAAAUGAUUUGGAAAGCUGAGGGUCCAGAGGUUAAGGAGCUGUCUGAAGAAGAUAAGGCUUUGCAAUUGCGAAGGCUGGAAACUGCAAACAGGCAGCGAUUGCUGAAAAAGAAGAUGCGAUCCAUGGAUAAACAGAACAGAAGACAAGACUUUUAGACCCUCUAAAUUUAAUAUGAUUUUCUUUUGAUUGCCUCUUUGUACAUUAACAGUAAUUAAAAUUCGAAAAAUAAA